UAGUAAAGGAAACAAUAAUCAAGCGGGGAUUAGACGUUGAUUGUUGAUUUUUCGCUGGUUGCUGGUUUUUUAUUAGUGAAAUUAGCACAAAUGGUUUUUAUCUCCCCAUAUUAUAAUGUUGAGAGUUAUUCAUCGAAUUUAUAAGUUGGAAGGUAGUCAAACAGGGGUUUUCUCUCUGUAGAUCAUUAAAAACCCCCAAUAUUUUCUACAGUUCAUCAAAUGUUAUGAACAUUGAAAUAUAUCAACUGAUUUAUUAUUCAAACCCGAAUUUAUCAAGUGUUUCUGUAAUAAAAUGUAUUCGGAGAGACAUAUAACGGAAAAUUGAAUUGAAAUUAACCCUACUUUUUUCAGAAUUGCUGUAAUUUGCAAAAGAGAUGAGUUCAAAUAGAAAAUCAACUAGAAAAAACAUUAAUGGAAAUGCAAAAGCGGGAAUUUCGGGGGUUCGUUACUCCAGAAAUAGUCGUAGGAGUUCCCGACUGCAAAAUACUAAAGAUUACCCCAAACCUAGCAACCCUAUAAGUAAAAAGCCAGCAGUUCAUUCUAAUCAGGACAAUAUCAACGAAGAAUGUACUAAAAACGGUGGUAAAAAUAGUCUUCAUGGCGAGUUACAAAAUCUUUUUGAUCUAAGCGAUGAUGAGGAAGAAUCUUUCCAGUCAGUGUUGGAUGAUAGUUUGGGGACUCGAGAUAUACAUUCAUCAGUUUCUAAUAAACUAAGCAUAAACGAUAGUCAGAAAGACGAUACACACAAUUCAUCCAAUACUUACAUAGCUACGGGCAGCAGUUUGCAGCCAGAAGAUGUCUCAAAGGUGUUGAAGAUGUUGUCGCAACCAACUAGUUUAAACAGCUUGAAUUCAAAGCCAAAAUCUUGUUUGAAGACAUACUCGAAUCCUAGGAAAUCCGCACUGAGAAAUGACAUUGUUGAAAGUUUUGGGCUACCAGACACCCCUAUAGUUCCUGAAAGACCUUCAGUUAACAAUGUUUUAGACACAGAAAUUUUAGACGCAAGCGAAAUCACAAUAUUAGAUGUUAAAUGUAUCGAUGGCCCUUGGAACAUUACGAACACCCCCGAAAGCAACUACUUCUCUGAUUUGGAGGAAAUCAGGGUGAAAUCUGAUCCGCAGAAACACUUUAAAAUCAGACAUCCCUCUGGUAAUUUGCAAGACGUAGAGAAUAAUGAUCUUGUGUACACUUCCACCCCUCGAGUCGAAACGAGGUCCAAGAGUAAUAUUUCUUCAACAAAUGAUAUGUCAAAUAAUAAGAAAGAAAAAGAAGUGGAUAUUGACUCAAUGAAGAGCAACAUAAGGAAAUUAUUGAGCGAAAAGAGGCCCACGAAUGAUAUUGGCUUUAAACCAUGUCGAAACCUGCCUAAAGUUGUUUGUAAUGGAAAUAUGUCUCUGACUGAAAGCGAGGUAGAAAUUUUCAAUACACCCAGUAUGUCGUCGAGAACUAAUAGUGCUACUAGUGUCAAAACUAACCGGCUUUCUCCCACGAAAGCUUGCAAGAAUCAGAAUAUUCACAAAACGGAGAAGGUUGUUUCUAAGAUACGGCAGAAUCUGAGAUCUUCGGGUAAGUUGCAGGACAAAACUCCUCCUCAUGAAAGCUCUUCUAAACUCAUAGAUUAUAGUCUUAAAUCGAAAUACAGUUCCAAUAAGGACGAAAGUAUAGAUGAAGAAGUAUUAAAGAUUUUGUCCAAACCAAAAACUAGGAUACCGAACAGCGAUGAACCCAUCAAAUUUGACGAUGAAACUUUGGCAACUCCCAAAAGAAUCCUCAGAUCGAAGUCCAGUUUAGACAUUCCCCUGAAAAGAAAGUCAGCGACGAGUCCAGUGAAGAGAAUACCUUACCGCAAUGUGAAGUCUUCUCUCGGAAGGAGGUUGAGGUCUUUGAGCCAAGAGAAUGUUAUGGAGGAUGAUGAUAGUUUUGAACAAAAUAUUAUAAUCACCAGAAAAAUUGAGGUCGGCCGGCGAAAAAGCAAAAAUUCCCAAGCUGUUGCAAAAAACAAUCAGGAUCCUCCAAAGAUAAUCUCCGAAAACAGUAUGAAAACCGCUGAAAAUGUUCCUCAGUUGAAAAUUCUGUUGUCCCCUUUGAAACCAUCCUUUGUCAAAGCGAAAGUCCCUCUUAAUAGCACCAGAAAAAGCUUGCGUUCCUACAAAGAACUGCCAGGAACCUCCUCUCCAACGGAACAUGACACUACCAUUAGCAAAUUAGUCAGUACUGAAGAUAAUUCUGUAUCUAACAAUGAAAAUUUAGUUUUACCACAACCCAGUGAAAAAAAGUUAGAAGCUAUGGAAAAUGAGUUGAAAACUGACUCCACUCAACUGCUAGAUGUUGAAAAAACUAAGAAGAUAAGAGAGAGGGUUCCGCAAAUCUUUGAUGACGGCUCAUCUUCUUCUGAAAGCUUAGAUAUGGAUGCUAAGUACGGUAAAACAUACCCAGAACCAGCACCUACCAUCGAACCUGAAGAAAAAGUUGAUGAAGAAGAGGCAAAUCAGCUUGAGUUGUUCAUUAGUGACUUCCCUAGCGAGAUUUGUGAAGAACUCCAGGAGAACGAACGUGAUAUUCAAAAUAACGUAGAUGAAGUUCAGCUGUUGUGUGAAGAUGACAGGAACAGUGGGGAAACUGUCAGUUAUCAAUUGACAGAUGAGUUAAUAGGUAUAAAAGAGAUUAAUGGUGAUUUGAAAGAAAAACCAGUGAUUCCAGAUUCACUCCUGGAGAAGGAAGAAUCAAAUAUACUGCCAGUGCAGGAUACUGCACCUUUUCCUUCAAGCAAACCUCCUAGAAUAGAGGAUGUUGAGGAAUCUGAGCCCUUACAGAUUAGUAGACAAGCAAAGACCAUUGAGAGUACAAAAUUGAUGAAAGAAAGUAAUGAAGCAGUUGAAGCAGAUGAAUGUGGUAAUGAAGAAGUUACUCCAACUAGAAUAGGUGAAAUCAUAAUUGACAUACCCAAGGAUAGUGGUAGCUCAGCAGCUGAUGAGGAAUCUCCUACUAAAGACCAAACUGAUUCAGCUUUGAUUGAAGGGGAAUCAAAAACUUCCAUGAAUUCAGUUACUGAGGUAACUGAUACUAUUUUAGAAGACUCAUGCAAAGAUGCUGCUGAUAAGGGACUAGAAGAACCGUUAGCUGAGGAGGAAAUUGCCAGCAAAGUAGUGGAAAAUGACACCAGCAUAGAUUUCAUGAGCAAAAUUGCAACUGAAGCAGAAGAUAUUGCAGGUGAAAUCCCACAGGACCAAAAUAAUUCCACUGCCCUACAAGAAGAAGAAGUCUCAUUCAUGAAGGAAGUUCCUCCUGAUUCAACAGAAAAUAAAACAGAAACACCUCUACCUCAAGAACCUGUUCCUCAGAAAGUCAUUUCUGAAGAACUUACCAUUGAAAAACCUGCCUCUGAAGAACUGAUCCCUGAAGAAACUAACCCUGAAGAGAAACAAGCUUCAGAAAUGUCUGGGUCAGGCAUAGACCAUGUAGAAUCUGUAAAUGAAACUAAUAAGGCAACCAAUUUUGUUGAAACAACAGAUACUGAUGGGGUUUCCAGUAAUAAAGAUGAUUCUAGUCAAGCUGAAGAAGAAGAACUUGUAGUUGUGGCAAUACCCACCAGUUCAAUCCCUCGUAGGGUACGGAAAAACAAAGGAAAUUCUGGAAAAAGUGGCUGGCUAUGCAGACAAACGAGGCAGAGUAGGUCACAAGAAUCUGGAAAGUUAGAACCAAGCAGACCAAAGUUGAAUCCAUUACUUGCUUCUAACUCUAGGAAGUUUGCUUUGAAUGGACUUAGUAGCGUUUCACAUAAGAAAAUUUUCAAUGAUAGUGAACAAUCGGAAAGUACUAGCUUGGAUGAUGUUGCGUUGGAUCAACGAAUCAAGAGGAAACGUGGCAGGCCUAAAAAGGUACGUGAGUUGGAAAAACCUUCAGAAGACAAGAUUUCAUUGCCCAAGCCCAGGCUCAAUGGGGAAAUACUAGAAAAUGAGCUUCCUGAGGAGAAACCUAAACGGAAACGUGGAAGACCCAGAAAACAAGCAAAGACAGAGAAGCCUGCGAUGUCUAGGGAGGUGGCAAAAUUGCUAGAAUCCGACACUGCCAUUGUUUUUAACUCUAGCUCCUUCAACAACACUACCACGCAAACUAGUCCAACAGAAGCUGGAAGGGAAUUCUCGACCACUCCCUUUCCAAGGUCUUCUGACGAACCAAAUCACUCUACCUCUAGCCACUCACAGCUGUUCUUUGAGGGCGUGUUCGAUUCCCAAAAUACCAUCGCUGAUCAUGUUAAAAAACGCCCAAGGGAGAUGAUAAGUUACAAGAUAUCAGGCAUUAAUCGUCUGUCGGUGGGUAGCUUCAAAUCCAAGUCCUUUGAGGCCCCUUCCAAACAGAAUACUCCCUUCCGAAGUUGGAAAUCUCUAGAUUUCAGCGAAAGCUCCAUGGCAGAUACUUUUACAUUGGUGAAUUCGCCAAAUGAAAAUUGUGGUGUACAAAACAACUCGACAGUGGAUGAGGCAGUUGAAAUGACUGGACCUUCGAGUCCUAGGAAUGAAGAAAAUGGAGAUAUCUGUACUCCAGUAUUGGAGGAGUCUAAAACAAAUUCUAGUAGGUCUAGAAAAAACUCCCUAGUUGAAAGUCGACCUAAAACUGAAGAAAAAGUUGAAAUGACUAGAUCUCCUGGUUCCAGGGCUGAAGAAAAUAAAGAUAUCAAUACUCCGGCGUUAAAGGAUACCAAAACAACUUCAUUGGAUGAAACUCAGUCUAUAAAUGAAGACAUGGUUGAGAUGACUGAACCUCCAGGCCCUAAGGCUAAAGAAAAUAGAGAUAUCAGCACUCCAGUAUUGGAGGAUACCAAAACAACUUCUGGUAGGUCCAGAAAUAACUCCUUGCUCAAAAGUCGGCACAAAACUGAAGAAAUGAUUGAAAUGACCAGACAUUCUGGUUCUAGAACUGAAGGAAAUGAAGAUAUCAGCACCCCGGUUUUGGAGGAUCUUAAAACAACUUCUAGUAGGUCUAGAAAUAACUGCUUGGUUGAAAGUCAGCUGUCUGAAUUGGAAGAUUCCUCAGAGGUUGGAGAAGAUACAAAUGGGGCUUCUAAUUCAGAUGAAUUUGGUUUAGAAAAAAACUCAGUUGUAUCCAAUUCUGGGGAACAUAAAGACUCUAGAAGGUCGAGUCUUCGAAAAAAGUUGAACGAGAACCUCUCCCUUGAAGAACCGGAACUAUCUGAUAUUUCCAGACAAAUUGUGGACGUUGAAAACAAAGCAGAAUCCCUUUCAACUCCCAAUAAGACUGUGAAACACGUUCCCAGGAGUAAAACGAGUUUAGGAGAGAGGGUUAAGGGCAGCUAUAUUGGAGAAUAUCCCAGCGUUAGAGGCACACCCAGGAGAAGAUCCCUAGACCAAGAUAUUUCCUCUACUGGCCAAGCCGAAGAAAAGACGAAGUUGAAUGAAGACCCCACCAUUAUUCCUUCUUUGAGGAUUUCUAAACAACUGAGAAAUGCCGAACCGGAUAACCUAAGAGAUAUCAGAGGUAACCUUUUAAAGUUCAAAGUUGGGGCAUUAGCUUGGGCCCGAAUCGGUUCCUUUCCCUAUUGGCCUUGCUUGAUUACAAAGGAAACUAAUUCAGAGCUCUUUGUGAAGAAUGUUCUGACCAAAAAUGCCACAAGAACUCUGUACCACGUCAGAUUCUUCGGGGAUAAAGGUAGAAGAGCGUGGAUCAGCAAACAUAAGAUGAUGGUUUAUGCCAGCAAAGAUGAUUUGGAGAAAAUAUAUAGAGAAAUGAAGGUUUCCAUGAAAGUCUGGCCCGAGGUGCAAUUUUGCAACGUCAAAUCAACGUAUCUGAAGAAAUGGUCGCAUGCAGUGAGUGAAGCAGAAGAAGUUAAAUCAAAGAGUUUGAAAGAGAAGCUCCAGUUUUUCGAAGAGGCCUCUAAACCAAAGACUAUCCUCAAGACUGAGGGUAAUAUUUCCACAGAUGCAAAUAAAGGGGUACCAGAAUCACCAGUGAAGAAAAGAAUGAAACUUCCUAGACCUGAGAAACCUGCUGUUGAUUCAAAUAUCAAGGUCGAUGAAGUUGAAACAGUAACGAAGAAGAAGGUUAAGCAGUCUAACCCUCCUUCAACCGUUACGGCCGAUGACGUGAACAAAACAGCUGAAACGGUAACGAAGAAGAAGGCUAAACAAUCUAAGCCCGCAGAAGCGGCUCUGUCAUCGGACGAAACAGAUCAGGAAACCAAAUCUCCGGCAAAGAAGCCCAAGAGGGAGUCUGAGCAAGAGAAGGCGCCAAAGCCGGAAGAAACAGACCUCGAGGACAACCAAACCUACUCCCCUAGGGUGCAGCUAACCGGCCAGUUGGACGUAAAAAAAAGCGAUGACGCUUCAGAAGUGGGAUCGAAAACCAGUGUCGACAGCCUAGCGAUUUUCUCCUCGCACACUCUGGAGGCACAGAAGGCACUCUUCAAGAGGAACAACUUGUUCAAAGGGGUUUCAAAAGAGAAGGUCUGUCAGUUUUGCUUCAAGUUGGGAGACGUCUUGAAGUGCAAAGGUGGGUGCAACGGGGUGUACCACGUCCAGUGCGCUGUCAAAGUUUUGCGGGAGAGAGUUCCCAGAGGGAGGACGAGCAAAGUGCCUGUCAAAGUUGAGGAAGUUGCUGCGGAGGAGAAGAAUAUCAAGGAAGAGUCCUUUGAGGAGGGAGAUAAGAAUGGGCCGGUUGAAAAAGACAAGGAAAACGACGCCAACCUACUAGUCGACGACCACGUCCAAAUAAUAACGGUCCCGUCCAGCGUGUACAACACCCCGCCUAGGAAAACGUUCCCGCCUGACUUCGUCAACCUCACCCUCGCCGAGCAAAUCGACUACAAGAUGAAGGAGAUCAUGCACAAGUUCGAGUCGAAAACUACCUACUCGGAAUCGGCUAUAGAAACGAGAAACGCCAACGAAGCCUCGUCCCCCAGCUUGCAACCGUCACCGAAAACGCGCCAAGUCAUCAAGAGCCGCUCAUUGUUCUCGCCUACGGCUCAGAGAAACUGCGGGGUCCUCGAUGAGCGCUUGAAGAUCCUGCCACAGCUGCUGAAGAGCCCGAACGCGUUCGCGAGAUGCGCCCCCGCGGAUCCGAAGGAAGUCAUCCACGUGACGGCCGAUUCGACGCUCGAGCAGACCAGCGGCAGCUCGGACGUCGAGGAACCGCUUCCGAAAGGGCCGAACACCUCCGAGGAGGGUCAGCGAGUCGCGGGGCAUGUAACUGCAGACUCUUUCGAAGACGACAAGGAGGUGAAGCACGUGACGGCGGAUUGCGAGUCGCUCGACACUUCGCAGUCUGAAAACUCCAACAGCAAUUCGAGUCAGCAGAGUAAGCAGACGGAUGUUUCUGAAGUAGGGGAAGGUUCCAAGUACGUCAACCCAAAGCACUUCAAGUGCGGCUUCUGCACCGAGAACGUCGAUCCGUACUGCUUUGUGUGCCACCGGUCAAUCUCGAAGAAGGGCUCCAACAUCCGCCAAAAGUGCUCCCUCUAUCAGUGCAGCCGCUUCUACCACCCGGAGUGCCUCAAGCUGUGGCCGCAGACGCAGUGGUCACUGAUCCAGACGACGAAGCACCGCUACUCGCAGGAAGAGAUCGACAGCUUCGUCUGCCCGCAGCACGUGUGCCACACGUGCGCCUCCGACGAUCCGAGAGCCGCGACUUCGAGAUGCUCCGGCGACAAGAUCGUCAAGUGUCAGCGCUGUCCCUCGACGUACCACUCGACGAACCUCUGCGUGCCGGCGGGGUCGGAUAUUUUGAGCACAACGCAGAUUGUUUGUCCGAAACAUCGCGGGGACAAGAACAAGGGGUACACCAUCAACACCACCUGGUGCUUCCUGUGCUCAGAGGGUGGUAACCUGAUUUGCUGCGAGACGUGCCCUACGAGCGUCCAUCCCGAAUGCCUGCCCGUCAACCUCACCGACGACGACAAAUUCAUAUGCGAAGACUGCGAAUCAGGCCGGCUGCCUCUCUACGACGAAAUCGUUUGGGUGAAGCUCGGCAAAUUCCGGUGGUGGCCGGGCCUCGUGCUUUUCCCCAACGAGAUACCGCCCAACGUGAUGAACAUAAAGCAUUCCAGGGGAGAGUUUGUCGUCAAGUUUUUCGGCACGUACGACCACUAUUGGGUGAACCGCGGCAGGUCGUUUUUGUUCCAGGAGGGUGACGCUGGAGAUACUGCUGCGGUUACUGUGAAGAAGAAAGUCGAGGAGGCGUUCAAUAGGGCCGUGGAGGAGGCCGUCAUCGUGCAUAAGUUGAAGAAAGAAUUCAAGCUGUCCUUGGAUGUGGAAUCUCUAAACUCCCAAAAACCCCCGCCCUACAUCAAGAUCAAGGUGAACAAGCCCGUUGGAAACGUCCGACAGAUGGAGCUGGAUCUGAGCAACACUACCGCUUGCGAAUGCGACCCCAGUCAGCCCCACCCGUGCGGACCCGACACCGAUUGUUUGAAUAGGUUACUUAUGACAGAGUGCAAUCCUGAAGUGUGUCCGGCUGGUAAACGGUGUAACAACCAGUCGUUCGAGAAGCGCGAAUACCCUCCCAUGAUCCCGUACAAGACGCAGAGCAGAGGUUGGGGUUUGAAGUCUCUGGCGCCAAUCAAGAAAGGUCAGUUCGUCGUGGAAUAUGUCGGCGAGAUCAUCGACGACGAGGAAUACCAAAGGAGGAUACAGAAAAUGCACGAGCAGAAGGAAGAGAAUUACUACUUCCUCACCAUCGAUAAGGAUAGGAUGAUUGAUGCCGGACCGAAAGGUAACGUGGCCAGGUUCAUGAACCACUGUUGUCAACCGAACUGUGAAACGCAAAAGUGGACCGUGAACGGGGACACCCGCGUCGGCCUGUUCGCCACCGUUGACAUCCCAGCGGAGACUGAGCUGACAUUCAACUAUAACUUGGAGUGUAUCGGAAAGGAAAAAAAGAUCUGUCGAUGCGGGGCGCCAAACUGCAGCGGAUUCAUCGGAGUAAAAGCCAAGCAAGAGACAGAAUCGAAGAGACCAAAGAAAACAUACAAAAAAAAGGAGCCUGUGAAACCUCUUGCUUUGCCGCCAUGUUUCAUAUGCGGUAGGAAGGGCAAUGUCGGCCCUUGCAACAACAAGAUUUGCAACAAGGCUUACCACCUGAAGUGUUUGAAAAUGACAGAGUGGCCAGAAGGUAACAAGUUCGUUUGUCCGUGGCACAAUUGCAAGAUUUGUUCGAAACGGACGAUAAGGUGUUGUGUCAAGUGUAUAAAUUCAUACUGCCCGUCUCAUUCUGAGGGAAACGUUCGGUACGACAAUCUGCUUGGAUUCGUAUGUACCAAUCACGAUCCUACCAAGUCCCAGAACGAACAAGUCCCUCUGAGGAAGAAACGCAGCAGCGCCCCCACCGAGGAAACGGCCGUCACGUCGACCACCUCGGACGACUUCGAAGACACGGAGGAUGAGGUGCCCCUCUCUGACCGGACCAGCAGGCGGAAAAAGACAACAAAGAAAGCCGCCCCCGACCUCGAGGAGUCCCACCUGUCGCCGAAUCGGUCGCAGGACGAGACAGUGUCCAGCGCCACUGCCUCUGACUUGGAGGAGGCGGUUAUCUUGAAGAGGAAGAGGCGGAGGCGGCGCUCCGGGAAGAUCGGCUACAUCCGGAAAAAAGCUAGGUUAAGCCUUGUACAGAAACAGUCAAACACUGCCACAGAUACCGAUGUCAGUUCGAAAGUAGCUAGGCUCGAGGUAGACGACACGUAGGGAGUUUGUAAUUGUUUUAGGUGUGCUAGACGCGUUUCUUUUAUUUCCAGUGUGUUUUAUCCUCGGACCAGUUAUUUACACAGCCCCCCUUGUAAAUUCCCAGUGAAAUAUUAUUUAUAUUUAUCGAUAUUGGAAGAUUUUAUUUCAUUUCAAUAAACAUUUUUAUAUGA